UGUGCAUUCGGCUACGCACACUGGGCCGAAUCCUUCACCGCCGUCUACCACAUCUCCCUUCUCCGUCUCGUCAUCUUCUCCCACGUCACCUUCUGCAUCAACAGCGCCGCCCACAAAUACGGCUACAAGCCUUACGACAAAAACAUCACUCCUACACAAAUCCCCGCACUGUCCUUCGCCGCUUUAGGAGAAGGAUAUCAUAAUUAUCACCAUGUCUUCCCGUAUGACUAUAAAACAGCAGAAUUAGGAAACAAUUUUAUGAACUUAGCAACAAACUUCAUAGAUUUCAUGGCAUGGAUAGGAUGGGCUUAUGAUUUGAAGAGCGUUUCUGAAGAUAUGGUUGCAAAGAAAAUGAUGAAGACUGGAGAUGGAACUGAUCUGUGGGGGAGAUUGCCGGAGAAUGAUGAUUAUAUCUGGGGAUGGGGGGAUCAAGAUAUGUCAGAAGAAGAUAAGAAAGCUUUGCUACAUUUUUAAUAAAUUAUAUUUCAUAAUUUACUACAUUUUAAUGAAUAUCUAAUAUUCGUAUUCCUGACCUUUCUGCUACUGGUGCUAAUUCCCUACUACUUCUUGCCCCGUAAUCGAAUGUCAUUUCUACGACGCGAAACGAAACGCCGCAGGAAGGUAGUCUGGCUCUGUCGCGCCAAUACGCAAGAGUGGUAGAGAUAGAUAGCUAAGAAAGAGAUAUUAUCGUGAGCUUUUCGUGAGCGUGUGCAUUCGGCUAC